AUGUCCCCAGCGGUCUUUCUCGUUCUCUCUGCUCUGUCUGCCCAUCUGAUCUUCAAUCGUUUGGAGCCUCGCGAUGCUGGUUCCCUCGUUUUCUUGACUGUCGGAUUUCCUGCUGUCUUGUCGGUGGUUUUGCGUCCUCAAGGUGUAUCCAUACUGUCCUCGGUGCUUUCUUCAUAUGCUGUCUACUUGUCCUCUCUUGUCCUCUCCGUCGUUGUCUAUCGCAUCUCUCCGUUUCACCCCCUCGCCAAAUACCCUGGUCCUCUCUUCCUGAAGAUCUCUCGCUUUUCAGCCUGGGUCAUCGUCAUGGGUGGGAAUCAGCACCGUUAUUAUCACUCUCUCCAUCAGCGUUACGGGCCGUAUGUCCGCACAGGUCCAAAUCACCUGCACAUCUCAGAUGCUGCUGCAAUACCGGCCGUCCUUGCCUCGCGUAACUUCACCAAAGGCGGAAGGUACAACGUAACGCACUCCACAGCAAGCUUGCUCAAUAUCCUCGAUCCGCAAGAGCACUCCCAAAGACGACGGAUAUGGGAUCGUGCAUUCAGCUCAAACGCCAUCAAGGGUUAUCAAGAUUCUCUGUACACCCGUGUCUCACAGCUCGUGUCCAUUCUGGAAAAGAACUCUGAGACGGGCUCGGUCAACCUCUCGCAAUGGCUCAGCUUAUUUUCCUUUGACUUCAUGGGAGAUCUAGCCUAUGGGGGUAUCUUCGAAUUGAUGAAGGAUGGUGGCGAUACACAUGGUUUCGUGAAGAUGUCAACACUGGGUAUAGAGCAGCAAGAGAUUCUCGGCACGAUGCCUUGGCUGAGGGCCUUCUAUAGGCUUCUUCCCAACUCGGGAGACACUAUGCGUCUACGCGCGUUUGCCAAAGACACCGUCAUGAAGCGGGUCGCCAAAGGCUCUAUGAUUCGAGACAUCUUUUACUUCCUAAUGGAUGAAGACGGUGCUGGAGGAAAGGCGUUGCCAUUCCCUGUUCUUGCUGCCGAGGCAAGUUUUGCCAUCGUGGCCGGGUCGGACACCAGUGGCGUCACUCUGGUCAAUAUCUUCUAUUACCUACUCUCGAAUAUGAAGGCCUACAGGCGUCUUCAAGCAGAGAUCGACAGAGCGGUAUCGGAGUCUGCGAUCGAUCCGGCUGCAUUAAACACAUUACCAUAUCUCAACGCUGUCAUUAACGAGACAUUGAGAUUACAGCCCCUUGUACCCAAUGGCGUCCAGCGAGUCCUUUCUCCGAAGACAGGCGGCACGUUAGUCUGCGGAAACUACAUCCCGCCCAACACGACCGUCCAAGUCUCGAACUAUAGCGUUCAAAGGGAUCCUCUGAACUUCUCUCCCAGCCCCGACGGUUUCUGGCCAGAACGUUGGCUUAUCGCUGACGCAGACAAGGCCGAAGCUCCCGUCAGCGACUGGAUUUCAUCCGAGCCAGCUGUCACUUGCCUGAACCGCAGUGCUUUCUUCCCUUUCAGCUAUGGCCCGACAAACUGCGCUGGCAAGACGCUGGCAAUGAUCGAAAUGCGUGCUGUCGUGAUCUCCAUGAUGCGCCGUUUCGAGGCCGAGCUCGCGCCUCAAUGGUCGGCGGAGAAGUACGAGUCGGAGUUGAACGACUAUUAUAUCCUGACGAAGGGCCAGUUGGAUGUAAACUUGCGUUUACGGGAUGGUCAGACGCACAUCGAAUGAGACUACGGUGCUUCGCGUACAGCAGUCAGGGUUGUCGAUGUGGGGCUCAUCAUUGUACGUGUAGAUGUAAAACGAAUGCAAAUGCUGUUGUACUCCUCCC